AUCAGUUAGAGGAGAACUUUUAAGUAGUUCACCAACACCUGCAGAAUAAAAGCAGAGCAUAGAGCAACCAAGAACAGAAGAAUCUCCAGAAUGAGUGAAGCUGAGGAAAGCAGUGGCACCUCAACAUGGAAUAUUGUGAGGUCAGUAGUCUGCAUAAUACUGGGCUUGUCAUUUAUAAUUGGCACCCCUGGAAACUGCAUAGUCAUCUGGACUGUUUGUACAAAAAUGAAGACAGUAUCUCUUUCAGUCCUGCUGAUCUUGAACCUGGCCAUUGCUGAUGUCCUUGUACUGAUCACUUUACCAAUUUGGAUUUACUCUUUUGCUGAGUCAUGGGUUUUUGGAGUAAUUUUCUGCAAAGUGCUGGUUUUCAUUAUUUACUGUAGCAUGUAUGCCAGUAUAUUUCUGAUUACAGCACUUAGCUUGGAGCGGCUACUGGCUGUGUUUUAUCCUUUCACAAUUCAAACAUACAGAAGAAAAGAAAAAAUUUCUUUGAUUGUGUUCCUCAUUUGGUUCCUGUCUAUUGCCUUUGGCAUUUCUGUCAUCCCGUUUCAAGAGACAGAAGAAACAAACGGUCGACUUCUAUGCACGUGUCGCAACUACUCUUCUAAUAGACAGAAAGUGUCGUAUCUUCUGCUGGAGACCCUUGCAGGUUUUGUAAUCCCUUUCUUAAUUAUUUGCACUUGUUAUGUGUGUGUUGCAAGAAGGAUAAGCAGAAUGACUUACCAAUCCAAGCAGCGAUCGGAACGUCUCAUUGCCAGUAUUGUGGUGGCUUUCAUUCUGUGCUGGUUCCCUCACCAUCUCUUUAACAUUCUGGAUGUUAUUUCAAUUGAAAUAGAACUCUCUAAUGAGGAGAUGUCUUUGGCACUGGAAGAAAUCGUAGACAAAGGAGUGUACAUCUCUGGAGCACUUGUAUUCAUCAGUAGCUGUAUUAACCCUCUGCUUUAUGCUUUUGCUGCACGAAGGUUUCAGAACCACCUGAGGUUUGCCAAGAUAUCAAAACUGUUUGAACAGAUCAGUCAGACUGUAACAGAAGAAGACAAGAAAAGAAGUCUGGCUGUAACCAAACAUGAAGAACCCCUAGUAGGCACAGAAAAUCUCUAACAAGGAGCUGACUGAAUAAUCUGUGUCAUUGCUUCUGCAGUCCUUUCUCCCCGCUCUCAGUUCCGUUUACUGAGUGGUCCAGGGAAAGCUGGAGAGAAAGAAAAGCUUUUUGGGUUUUUUCCUUCUGCGUUUUAUAAGAAUUGACAUUAGCAAACUUGUUCAGUACAUAGGUUAACAUUCACAUCAUGAAAUGAGCACUGUUGCUGAGAACCUCAGCAAGGUGGCUAAAAGCUCACAUUGUAAGGAAUACAGCAUUUUUACUUUCCAUCAAACUUAUUUCUGAUUUCUGUAAAGUCUGUAUGCAAAAAACAGUAAAGAACUGCAUGUGGAAAAGAGAGACUUUGAAAGCUUAAAACUAAGUUUUUCUUCAGGAAAUAAUUUGUUACAUGUUCAAAAAUCCUUUUACAAUCUAAAGUUUUAAGAAAUUAAAUUCUUUAUAUGGGUAAGAAUGGUUUUAAAGUAUAAUAAUGACACAAAGCUCUUCUGGGUCAAUGGAAAAUUUAAAGCUAUUUUUAUUCAUUACUUUAUUUAGGUUUGAACUUAAUAAGAGUUGUUUACACAAGCUCAUUUACUGCAUUAUCUUGGGGUAGUAGGUAUGAACAAGUCAAACGUGGAGUGUGACACCCAGAAGCAGCAAGAGGUAUGAGAACUGUGUUGUAUGGCAAACAUCACUGCAGACUGUAUGCUACAUUUGAUGGCAAACACAUUGCAUACUUCAACGGCAAUUUGAUGUAUUAAAUAUAUAUACUUCGAGUAUCCUCCAAAAUUUUGAUUCAAAGAAGUUAGACUUCCAAGAUGUCUAUUGAAUUGGGGAAGAAUCAGAUCAGGUUCAGGUGAGGAGGAAGGAAAGAUCCUUUUUAUUAUUUUUGAUGUGUAAGAAAAUUAUGGUAGUAGUACAAAGUCUCUCAUAUCAUAAGAACUUCACCUUGCAAAUAAAAGCUUUUAUAAAAUCGUGGACUUUGCCAUAAGAAACCAAUAAAAUUAGCAUUUGCAAGGGCUUUAAUUUUGUGAAUGCAUGUAAACUCACUGUGAAAAAUUUCGUGGCAUCAAGUGUUUGCUUUUGAAGUUUUAUUUAUUUCAAUUGUACCUAACAUUUUUUAUACUUGCUUAGUAAAUUCUUAAGUCAAUAAUUUGUAAUAAGAUUAAGAUUACUACUGAUUAUGAAGCAUAUUGUGAUUUCACAUUCCUUGUUCUGGACAGCUGCUAAAUAGCUACAUUACUCAUCUUUACAAAGAAAUUACAAAUACUAACCAUAAAUUAAUUUUUGAAGUCUGAUUGUGUCACAGUGAAGGGUAUGUGAGUUGUAUUAAUUUAGCUUGUAAACUGAAAU